AGCUGAUGCAAUACUGAUGGUCAGUCCUGUCAAAGACAUUUACACCUGAUCCUCUGCAACUCCUAUGUAGUUGCAUAAGUAAGAGCACACAGGUCUUUUACCUGUUUAUUUCCCCUUUUAUCCUAGACAUUUGGGCGUAGUAGAAGAUGUCCUGUGUGAGAGCCGUGAGAGGUCUGGCAGCAGUCUGUGGCUUUCAGCCUCUCGCUGUUUUAUCUCGCGGUGUCAGUUUCUCUCCGCGCCAAGUCGCAUCGGAUGCCAGUUUUCACUCAGUGUCCUUCUCUGAAUCUGAUCAUCCCAGAGUCCUCAUUACCGGAGGUCUGGGUCAGCUGGGAGUAGGGCUUGCCAAACUGCUCAGGAAGCAGUUUGGAAAAUAUAAUGUAAUUCUGUCUGAUAUCAGGAAACCUCCAGCUCAUGUUUACCAAAGUGGUCCCUUUAUAUAUUCUGACAUUUUGGACUACAAGAACUUGCGUGAGAUUGUUGUAAACAACCGCAUCUCCUGGUUGAUACACUACAGCGCCCUACUGAGUGCAGUCGGAGAGGCCAAUGUGUCCCUCGCUCGUGACGUCAACAUCACUGGGUUACACAAUGUUCUUGACGUCGCAGCAGAACAUGGGCUCCGUCUCUUCAUCCCCAGCACUAUUGGAGCCUUUGGCCCCAUGUCCCCUCGUAACCCAACCCCGGAUCUGUGCAUCCAGCGCCCACGAACCAUUUACGGAGUGUCCAAGGUCCAUGCUGAGCUAAUGGGAGAGUAUUACCAUCACAGGUAUGGUCUUGACUUCCGCUGUCUCAGAUACCCAGGAAUCAUUUCUGCAGACUCUCAACCUGGUGGAGGAACUACAGACUAUGCUGUUCAGAUCUUCCACGAUGCUGUGAAAACAGGUAAAUUUGUGUGUAAUCUGAGGCCUGACACGAGACUCCCCAUGAUGUUCAUUGAUGAUUGUCUGAGAGCCACACUGGAGGUUCUGGAAGCUCCUGCUGAGACGCUCUCCAUGCGAACGUACAACAUCAGCAGCAUGAGCUUCACUCCAGAGGAGCUGGUACAAGAAAUCAGGAGGCACCUGCCAGACCUGCAGGUCACCUAUGAGAUUGACCCAGUUCGACAAGCCAUUGCUGACAGCUGGCCAAUGGUCUUUGAUGACAACAAUGCCCGCAGUGACUGGGGCUGGAAACACAACUAUGAUUUGCCAGAGCUGGUUCAGACGAUGCUGAACUUUUCUGGCUCAAACUUCAGAAUGGUUCGAGCCAGCUAAACACCAUCUGCCAUCAUAUGUCUGAGUUUAGUUUGGGACCUAAGGGAAUGGAUGGUAAUUGGGCUCUGCAGUAUACUAUGUAGCGUAUGAGAUUAAUAAAGGUAAAACAUUCUUCCUUUUUCCAUAUGUAGCACAUAUUUGCACACUUUUCCUGGUGAAGUAAACCAAAGAUUUACAGGGUUCAAUUAUAUCCUUAUUCUCCUCAAUCAGCUUAAUAAUUUAAUAACCUUCCUGAUUAUAUAUCUUUGUUCUGUAGCAAUCAGUUUAAAAUAAUUUUAAUCUUGAAGGAAAUUAAUUUUAUUUUGACACUGAAGACUGGAGUAAUGAUGCUGAAAAUUCAGCUUUACCAUCACAGAAAUAAAUUACAUUGUAAAAUAUAUUACAAAAGAAAAGACUUAUUUUAAAUUGUAAUAAUAUUUGGUCACACUUUAUUUUAAGGUCCAAUUCUCGCUGUUAACAAACCAUUAACUACGACUUUUGCCUCAAUAAACUCCUAAUUUGCUGUUUAUUAAUAGUUAAUAAGGCAGUUGUUAAGUUUAGGUAUUGGGUAGAAUUAUGGAUGUAGAAUAUGGUCAUGCAGAAUAUGUGCUUUAUAAGUACUAAUAAACAGCAAAUAUAUAAUAGGCAUGCUAAUAAGCAACUAGUUAAUGGUGAGAAUUGGUCCCCAUACUAAAGUGUUACCUAAUAUUUCACAUUAUUACUGUUUUUAAUAUAUUUUUAACAAAUAAUUUCAGACUGAUUUCAAAAGUAUAAAAAUCUUACAGACUCCAAAUUUUAGAGUGGUAGUGGUAUUUAAAAGAUUUUAUGGAAGAAAUGCAAUAUCCUAUAAAACAACAAUCCUAAAUAUGGUGUUAUUUCUUUUGGUUUUAUUAAAAUAACCUAAUAACCUCAUCAUGGUGCUUACAUACCUGAAUUUGAUUUUUUUGUACUUGAGGGAACAUUUGAUCUAAUUAUAAAGACUUGACAUAUGUAACUACACAAUAUAUAUUUCUGUAUCUUUGAUGUUUGAUUUAGUUGUUAAUGUUAUGCCA